AUGCACUCCGAGCCCGAGAAACCUCCCACAUGUCCGCCCAAGAUUUAUGAAAAGCACGGCCGCGAGAAGGCCGUAGACAUCAGCAUCGACGAGAUUGGCUCUUCGUCUUCUGGCGACAGCAGCAGCGACCUCGAGAGCAACCGGGGAGGAGGAGGAGGGCCCGACGAGAUGCCGGCCAGCAAGAAGCCGUCCUGGUGGUCCCGCUACUCGGGAUACCAGAGGCUCAGGACCCUACCGCCCAGCAGGACGCGCCGCGCCGUCUUCUUCGUGACGUCCGCCUCGGCCAUCACCGUCGUUGCGCUGAUUAUCUGGCUGCUGCGGACGGGGCAUCUCAACGGCCUGCCGCAAAAGGAAAACGUCAAGGUCACUAUAGCACAAGGCACGUACUUUGGCGAGGUCACAGCCAAAUCAGAUAAAUAUCCCCGGUCUGUGGAUGCAUGGCGGGGAAUACCGUACGCGCAGAGCACCGGCGGUGAGAAUCGGUUUCGCCCUCCCCAGCCGUUGUCAGACACCCCCACACCAGAUGUGGUGUACGAUGCCCGUUCCUUUGGCUCCGUCUGCGGAGGUGGUGGUGACGAGGAUUGUUUGAACCUGAACGUCUACAGGCCGCAUUUCGGAGCAGACCCGGCAGCCGAUGCACGGGACAUGGCGAAGCUGGGAGGCGAGGAUAAGAAGAUGCCUGUCGUCGUCUACGUGCACGGUGGAGGUUUCAACGGCGGCUCCGGAAAGGAGAGGAACAUGGCGAGCUUUGUGAGCUGGGCCGAAACCCCGACCGUUGGCAUCAGCUUCAACUACCGCGUUGGAGCGCUUGGCUUCCUGCCGAGCGCCUUGACUCGGAAAGAGGGUGCCCUCAAUCUCGGCCUGAAGGAUCAGCAGAUGCUGCUUGCUUGGGUACAGAAGAACGUGGCCAGCUUCGGGGGAGACCCGGAUAACGUCACUCUGAUGGGCUUGAGUGCUGGAGCGCACAGCAUCGGCCAUCAGCUGAUCUCUUACGCUCCGGCGAACAAGCUUACCUCGAGUGCGGCACCAUUCCACAAGGUUAUCAUCGAAUCCGGCGGACCAACAGCGCGUGCCGUUUUUGCUCCCACACAUCCUUUGCACGAGAAGCAGUUCCGAGAGUUUCUCGUCGCCUGUGGGUUGUCGGACACUCCUGACGAUGAUGUCUUCAACCAGCUUCGAGCACUUCCGCUGUCCAAGAUCAAGUCUGCAUCCAGCAGCAUCUGGAAUAAGUACAACGGUAGUUUGAGGUGGGCUUUCCAGCCGUCGAUUGACGGGCCGGGAGGCGUGGUUCCUGACUUGCCGCGUCAGUCUUGGGAGAAAGGCAAUGUUCUGCGCAUUCCGAUCAUGACGGGGUUCAACACUAACGAGGGUGCCAUCUUUGUUCCCGCCGGAGCAUCGGACUCAAGCGCUCUUCGCAAGCUUAUGGGUGGUAUUAUCCCAGCACUGAACGAAACCAGUCUGACUCUCAUGGAGAGCAUCUACCCGGACCCUCUCAACACUACUGAGGGCAAGGAUAUGUACAUCAUCAAGCCUCCCGGCGGGUUUGGGAAACAGUUCUGGAGACUCGAUGAUGCGUAUGCGCACUAUGCAUAUAUCUGCCCAGUUUUACAAACGGCUCACUACGCGUCGACUUCGGACUCGAAGUCACCUGUCUACGUCUACCACUUCUCCGCGCGAUCCCAGGCCCAUGGUGCCACUGAUCACGGUGACGAGGCUCCUGUUGUCGCUCACGAUAUGGCCGUGCUGUCCAACUUCCCGGGUCUCCUCAAAACGGCCGAUGCCAUGACCGGCUUCUGGUCCCGCUUUGCCGCCUUCGGAGACCCGAACUUGGUGUCUGCCGGCACCGCUUCAACAUCCGGGACGACAUGGCAGAAGUUUCAGAGUCCGUUCUCGAAUACAAGCGACAGCACCGCUGGCGACAAGGGCCGCGUUGCACUCUUUGGCGAGGGCAAUGAUGAACGCAUGCUCGCUCGCGGGCGCUCUGCCCCUGGCACCCCGUCACAAGUCGUCAGCCUGACGGAUCGGGAGUUGGAGGAGUGCCGGUACUGGUUUGACAGGGUGAUCUACAGUGAGGGUUUCGGCGAUGGGAAUGUUACUUUCACAUGA